AUGUUUGCUGGGCAGGUGCCCGCCGUGACGGGGCUCCGCGCGUUCGUGCCGCGCGCCGCGCUCACCGUCCCCAGAAUCUUCCUGCAUCUUGCCUACUCACAUAUCCCAGGGGCGGGAAUAGGCGUGUUCAGCACGCUGACGCUGCCCAGCGGCGUGCGCUUCGGGCCCUACCGCGGCCGCCGCCUCAAGACCCUGAACGACCGCAACAACAGGCCGAGCCACGUGGUGGACGCGAGCGACGGCAACAACUCCAACUGGAUGCGGUACGUGAACUGCGCGCGGCGCUACUCCGAGCAGAACCUGGUCGCCUUCCAGUACCAGGGCGACCUCUACUAUAGGACGGUGAAGAUCGUGCCGCGCUUCACGGAGCUGCUGGUGUUCUACGGCAGCGAGUUCGCCAACCGGCUCGGCGUCGACCUGCGCCGCUACACCAAGCCCUGCGACUGCGAAUACUGUCAAGGUGGUCUUGGUACCAAAAAUGAACCAGAGAAAAUAGACAAAGGAAAAACGGCAAAUGAAAAAAAGAAAGAAGCAGAAAUUAAAGAUGUUAGUUCAGGUCAAGCUACACUUGUCACCGAAAAAGGACCCGCGAAGACAAACAAACGUAAAACGCGUAAUGAAAAGAAGGAAGACACCCAGAUAAAAGAUGUUACAAAAGGUAGUCAAGUCGAACAGCUACAAGAGCCUUCGUCCUCUCAAGCGGAAUCACCAAAGAGCGUGGAUGUACAAGAGAUUCCUCCUACAAAACCUGCUGUUGAUGGAUCCCCUAAUACAACGGUAUCGAAUGUGAAUAUCUACAAAUGUGACCAGUGUGGCAAAACAUUCGAUAUAAAGUCAGAGUUAGAGAAACAUCUACAAUCUCACAUUCCACUGAAAAUAGCUAACUCCCUAAAUACAGUUAAGGAAUUCACGUGUAAAAAAUGCAGUAGUACAUUUGAUACUCGGUUGCUUCUACUGGAGCAUGGGAAGAGCCGGCAUGGCGUGAAGUACUUCACUUGCUCUGAAUGUGAGUAUGCAACUAGUCAUAAAGGUAAUUUACAGACACAUUUGAGGACUCAUAGUGGCGAGCGGCCAUUCAAAUGUAGUCAGUGUAGCGCUGCCUUUACCCAAAGCAGUGAUUUACAAAGGCACAAGAGAACACACACUGGAGAUAAACCGUUCAAAUGUGGACAGUGUAGCGCCGCCUUUACCGAAAGCGGUAAUUUACAAACUCACAAGAGAACACACACUGGAGAUAAACCGUUCAAGUGUGGUCAGUGUAGCGCUGCCUUUACCCACAGCAGUGAUUUACAAAGGCACAAGAGAACACACACUGGAGAGAAACCCUUCGAAUGCAAUAUCUGUGACUACAGGGCUUCUGAGUCAUGCAAUCUAAAGAGGCAUCUAAUGCUCAGGCACUCGGGCCAAAAGCCGAACGGCUGCGACUCAUGCACUUACAGAAGUGCUACGAGAAGUCAAUUAUCACGGCAUAUGAAAACCCACCGUAAGCCGGCUUAG